AUGACUGGGGAUCUGCAACGUGCGAUAAGUAGUAAAACACAAGCAAAACCACCAGGACGCGUCAUACCCUGGGGAUCCUCGUCAAAGACCCUGACAAAUCUGGAACCGACUGUGCAGCUACUGCAGCGCCCGACACCACUACAACAAGCACGCCCGACAACACAACAACCAUGCCCGACAUCACGACAACCACGCCAGACACAACAAGCACGCCCGACACCACAACAACCACAAGUACCACACGAGCAACAAAACCCAGGACCCCAGCUGCCACCGUGCCCUGUUCCUCAGCCGCAUUCAUACCACCAGCAACAGACUAUGGCCAUGCUGAAGGAGGUACUUUCCGGAAUGACAAAUAUCAACCGGAAAAUAACCACAUUAGAGAAGAGGAUGGCAUCAUUGGAGGGGAAAACGGACCUUAUGGUCGAACAACAAAACCUGCGACAACAGAUUGCCCCGGCAGCAGAAAUCUCGGAGGAUGAGAUUCCGAUAGUGUUCGCCGACGUCGCCAUAGACGAGGAGAUUCUGCAUGGUAUGAGGUGCCAGGUCAACUCAGCUGGGAACUUCCGCAAACUUUUAUCUGAGAGGAUGUUUCCAGAACUGUUUGGGCCGACAACCUUCGGUUAG